UGUUCUAUCCUAACCAGCCAAUCGCCAAUGAAGAGAUGCCAGGAUAAGGCCCCUAACCCCGAUAGCACUAAAUAACAUCUGGUCUCAGUCACCUGGGACCCGCACAACCUGUCAAGUGCGGAAUACCCCACCAUAUGGACACGGAAUGAGCCUGGUGCUUGUUGCUGUUAUUGUGCUGGCCACACAGCUGGCUCCGUCAGCUGGUGGAUCAGCUGGCGAUGACCUGCGGUCACUGGAGGCCGAGUUUUACCGAUGGCGUGAAAUGGACUCCCCGGAGUUUACCACGGAGACUGGCGUCCACACGUACGACAACACAGUAGAAGAUUUUAGCAUGGUGUCUUUGGAGACGAGAAAGGCCAAAGUAGAUGACUUUAUCAGCCGACUCUCCACCAUCAGCAUCGACGCAUUGACGACAUCGGAGAAAUACAGUCAUGAAGUGUUUAACGACACUCUGUCCACGGUUUCGUUUAACCACCAAUGGCGCUUCUAUGGUCCCCUGAAUCCCCUCAACUUCUUAGAAGGCGACCAGAUCGAUCCUGCAUACACUGUACGCAUCCUUAAAUAUGAAACAAAACAGGAUUACGAGAAAUACCUCUCCCGGUUACAACUGUGGCCGACUAAGUUUACGCAGUACAUCACACGGUUCAAGGAAGCGGCCAAGAACGGACAUACGUACCAUCGAGUCUCAGUGGACAAACUCCCAGGACAGAUUGAACCGCUGCUGGUGGCAAACCCUGAGACCUCAGUCUUCUACAAGCCAUUCACCACUGACGUCGACAAGCUGCCCAUCUCCACAAAUGACAAAAACGAUUUGCGCACUCGUGGUCGACACGCUGUUGUGAAUCUGCUGCAAGCAUUCAAGGGAAUCAAGGAAUACCUAGAACAGGACUACAUCUUCCAGACACGCACCACGUACGGUGUGUUGGGGCUGCCUAAAGGUACAGACUUGUACAGGGCCUGCCUCAAGUGGCACAUCUCGGUGGACCUCACCCCAGAGGAAGUGCAUCAGAAGGGCAAGGAGGAGGUUGCGCGGAUCAGCUCAGAGAUACAGAGAAUAAUGCGGAAACGAAAUUACACUGGAACAGUGGCGGAAUUCUACAAACAGUUGAAAGAACAACCCCAGUUUCACCUGAACAGUGCCGAUGAACUCUUGAAGGAAUACCGAUAUAUGAUAUAUGACAGAAUAUACCCACAGUUGUCGAAGGCCUUCAAGAAUAUACCAAACCUCAAUGUCACUGUGGAGGCUAUGCCUAACGACGGACCAGGGGGGAUGUACGUAUCGGGGACAGCGGACGGAUCACGUCAGGGAGUAUUCCAAGUUAACCUUAAAAGGCCAAACGAAACAAACACGUUCAGUAUGAUGGCAUUGACUCUACAUGAAACAGUUCCUGGUCAUCAUCUACAGUCCGUGUACGCACUCACUGCCAGCCUGCCAGACUUCCAGAGAAAUAUUGAAUAUGAGAAAUAUUUUGCCGUUCCUUAUCACUUUCCGUUUUACACGGCGUACACUGAGGGAUGGGGUCUGUACGCAGAAUCUCUCGGAGAAUAUUUAGGUAUCUAUAAAGACGAUAACGAACUACUUGGUCGAUAUGGGGAGGAGAUAUUCCGUGCGUGCAGACUGGUCGUUGACACGGGAAUACAUUACUUUGGAUGGACACGACAGCAUGCGAUCACGUACAUGGCUGACCACACCCCGAUGGGCCAGAAUGAGAUUGAGAUAGAAAUAGACCGCUACAUCACGUGGCCCGGACAGGCAUGCGCAUACAAGAUUGGAGAACUUAAAAUAAAGGAACUGCGACAAACUGCUAUUGACAAACUUGGUUCCAAAUUCGACAUUGGAGACUUCCAUAGUCAGAUUCUGGAGAAUGGUCCAGUACCGCUAAGUCUCUUAGAGAAGAUCGUCAAUAACUGGAUAAACGGUGGUGAUGCCACGGGACAGAACUCUCCCAACCUGCCUCUGCUUCCUAAUAUUGUGGGAUAACUGCUGACUGAAAUGCAGAAGGGAUAUUAAGUGCCAUGUGUUAUACCCAACACUCGCACUCAACUAAAUACUGACAUAUAUUUAUGUUAAUCUAUACAAUAAAGGUACCACCUACCUUUUAAUGUC